AUGGUUGCUGCUCGUCUGCCAGUCGAAGACCUGGAGAAACACCCACAGUUGGCUCGUGACAUCAAAAAAACCUGCAGAAUAAGACGAAAGACUUGGCUACGUCGCUCGAGAAGAGCAUUCCAGUCGAAGAAAAACCUGCGACAAGGCCAGGAAUCGAUCAAUUCGAAGAUUGCCCUGCUGAAGAACGCCCUUGUUGAAUCGCAAGUCGACCCCGCACAAACAAGUGCCGCCUUGGAAUUGAUCACCGAUGAAGCCAAGAAGUUGAGAGACGAGGCAGAAGAACACAAGAUCAACGUCGCUCAGACGAAUGCCUUCGUUACGCACGACGAUCUCGACGGAUCUCUAGUUGAACAGGUCGCUGAGUUGCAGAACGACAUCCAAGAGAAGAAGCGUCUGCAAGCCGAAACGGAGAAGGUUCUUGAGUUAGCCCCCGAAGGUCGAACUCAUCUCCCAGUCUCUACAAUCGAUGCCGAGUCAGCUUCCAACCACGCUGGACGAACAACAAACGCUGUUGGAAGAUAUGGAGAUCAAGAAACAGAAUCUCCAGAACCUGAUUUCGUCGAUGAACGAUGCUCCAGCGGCCGAGGAACUCAAACAGAAGAGCGAGUGGGACUUGUCCCGGAUCAAAGACCUUCUCCAGCAGCUUGGAUCUGCUGUGGGAGAUAAAUUGGCCGCUCUUGCUGCAUUCAACGCGGCUCGCAGAGAAGCUGAGGAAAAGCUCCUGACCAUCACGGCUGAUGCGACUGACAAGCCUCUAACCGCAGAACAAGCCCAAGCUGACGAAAACGCCAUCGCUGCCCUCGAGGAGCACAUCAAGACGCUGUCGGUUGAAGAACUCGACGAGAAUGAACGUCGGGAAUACGCAGAUUUGCUGGCACGUCUUCAAAACGCUUCGCAAGUCCUUGAGGUACGAAUUUAUUUUGUUCAAAUCGUUCAUUUCGUGGAUUCGAUCCGAAAAAGCGUAUCAUGUGAAUUCCAAUGUUCUGUGCAACCUUUCUCUCACAAAAAUAUUCGAGUCGAAAAACAUGGAGUUUUUUUUCAAAGAAACCUUAUUUAAAAAGUGGCAUUUUUUUGUAUGAAAUGCGCAGAAUUGAAUUUUUGAAAUUGUUUUAUUUUUUUGAAUUUUCCGUCCAAAUUUUCUCGCGCAAAAAAACUUGACCAAAAGCAAACAUUGGAAUUCGCUUUGACCACAAUACGUCCAAAAAAACUUUUUCACCUUCUACCAACGGAAAAAUCCGUGAGAAAUUUCUUAUAUUGACGUUUCUCAUUUGCAGAAGCGACGUAUCGAAGCAGAACAGCUGCAGCAGAAGCAGGCGGAUGAGGAGGCCUUCCAGCAGACCAUCGUACCGAUUUUCAACCGUUUGACAAGACUCGUCACAGAAGCCGAUGAGCUUCUGCGCGACUCCGACGCGGUUCCUGGACAGUAUGAACCAACGGCCAGAGAGUUGAAUUCUGAGGUGGAACUCGCGCGUAAAGUCAUCAACGACGCCGGAGUAGCUGCAGGACCACAAGUUGAGGCUAUUGAAUCGUUGGAGACGACUAUUCAGGCCGCACAACAACUCGCAAACGGCCUCGAAGAAAGAGCCCAAGCUUGGCGAGAAUUUGUCGUUGUUCGUGAUGAAACCGAUGCGACCCUCGGUAAACUUCGGACGCCACUUGAGCGCGUUCUGGAGAAACCAAAGAGAUCGGCGUCUGAAGCGAGCGAUGACAUGAAGGAAAUUCGCGAUGCAAGCCACGACAUUCAGAUUCUCAACGCAAACGUUGCCAACUUGCAACGACUUUCAGAAGCGCUCAACCCGCUGGAAAGUGCCUACGCCGAAGUUCGAUUUGCCGACGUUGAUACUGAACAAACUCAGAAGCAAUACGACGAGCUGCUCAAUGAAUUGGCUACAGAGCUGGAAGAUGAUCGCGUUCUUGGCGAAUCCGCUGAGCUUAUUGCUAAAGAAAUCGAAGAGAUCCGAGCAGUGCUCGACCAGAAAAACUCCCGACGACAAGACCGUCCUCGAGGGAAUCUCACAACAUCAAAUUCCUGCACUGAAAGCUCAAAUCAACCUUUUGCAAGAUCGCAACGUCGAAGCUGUAGCAACCAGAAAGCACGUGGCUCCCGAAAUCGAACGCAUCAACGAGCUCUCUGAAGACAUCAGACAACUCGAGGAAGCUGUUGAGGAAUCUAAAAAUUGCGGCUGAAAUGGCCGAGAAAGAACAACUCGUGCUGGUGUUGACGGUCAGGCUUUCUCAACUGGAAGGUACACCUCUCGAAGAAGUUGACCCUCAAGAGCUGAUCGACCUGAGCCAUAAACUCGAUUUGCUGACGCCUGACCAAGCAUCCGCAGUCCAAGCCAAGAUCCAGAGCCUUCAAGAGGCCAAACAGCUGCACGAGGACACGAAAAAAGCUCUGCACGGAGACGUUCUGGCUCUUGAGAAGGAUGUCGACAGUUUCCUCGUUUCAGAGCCAGCGGUUGCCAAGUCGAAGAAGGGCAAGAAAGGCAAGAAGGAGCCAACUGCAUUGACCGUUGAAGACGUCGAACAAAAACUCGCCGACGCCAAUCUGCUCGUUUCAAGAAUCGAAGAAUUGGCGAGCAACCCACAGCUCAGCUCGGAAGACAAACUCAAAGUCGAAGAUUUCCGUCAACGGGUCAACAGUUCCGCCGAUGACAAGCGAAACGUCCUCGCCUCGAUGCUAGACGACUUACAAAAGCACGCGAAGGCCAGUGAAACGAUGAAGCGGCUUUCUGAAGCGCUGGAAAGAACUGAAACUGCGCUGGAGACCAUCCCACAGACGACUGUCGCAAUCACCGAUUUCAAGGAAGCGAUGCUGCCGCAUUUGACAAGCCUCCUGGAAGAGGUUUCCGUUGUGCCACAAGACCUUGAACCAACCGCCAACGAACUUCGAACGCGAGUAGCUACCUUGGAAGGAGCUGUCAACAGCAAACUCGAUGACGCCGUCGCAGAGCAGCAGCGCCUUGACCAACUCAACAGGUCGCUGGAUGAACUGAGCUCCAUCUUGGACUCAGUUGUUCCCAAAUACGAGAAUCCGCAAAAAGCUGGAAGUGGCUAGAGAAGACCUUGGAACGUUGAAUUCGAUUCUCGAAAUGGUUGCUGCUCGUCUGCCAGUCGAAGACCUGGAGAAACACCCACAGUUGGCUCGUGACAUCAAAAAAACCUGCAGAAUAAGACGAAAGACUUGGCUACGUCGCUCGAGAAGAGCAUUCCAGUCGAAGAAAACCUGCGACAAGGCCAGGAAUCGAUCAAUUCGAAGAUUGCCCUGCUGAAGAACGCCCUUGUUGAAUCGCAAGUCGACCCCGCACAAACAAGUGCCGCCUUGGAAUUGAUCACCGAUGAAGCCAAGAAGUUGAGAGACGAGGCAGAAGAACACAAGAUCAACGUCGCUCAGACGAAUGCCUUCGUUACGCACGACGAUCUCGACGGAUCUCUAGUUGAACAGGUCGCUGAGUUGCAGAACGACAUCCAAGAGAAGAAGCGUCUGCAAGCCGAAACGGAGAAGGUUCUUGAGUUAGCCCCGAAGGUCGAACUCAUCUCCCAGUCUCUACAAUCGAUGCCGAGUCAGCUUCCAACCACGCUGGACGAACAACAAACGCUGUUGGAAGAUAUGGAGAUCAAGAAACAGAAUCUCCAGAACCUGAUUUCGUCGAUGAACGAUGCUCCAGCGGCCGAGGAACUCAAACAGAAGAGCGAGUGGGACUUGUCCCGGAUCAAAGACCUUCUCCAGCAGCUUGGAUCUGCUGUGGGAGAUAAAUUGGCCGCUCUUGCUGCAUUCAACGCGGCUCGCAGAGAAGCUGAGGAAAAAGCUCCUGACCAUCACGGCUGAUGCGACUGACAAGCCUCUAACCGCAGAACAAGCCCAAGCUGACGAAAAACGCCAUCGCUGCCCUCGAGGAGCACAUCAAGACGCUGUCGGUUGAAGAACUCGACGAGAAUGAACGUCGGGAAUACGCAGAUUUGCUGGCACGUCUUCAAAACGCUUCGCAAGUCCUUGAGGUACGAAUUUAUUUUUGUUCAAAUCGUUCAUUUCGUGGAUUCGAUCCGAAAAAAAGCGUAUCAUGUGAAUUCCAAUGUUCUGUGCAACCUUUCUCUCACAAAAAUAUUCGAGUCGAAAAACAAAAAUGGAGUUUUUUUCAAAGAAACCUUAUUUAAAAAGUGGCAUUUUUUUGUAUGAAAUGCGCAGAAUUGAAUUUUUGAAAUUGUUUUAUUUUUUUGAAUUUUUCCGUCCAAAUUUUCUCGCGCAAAAAAACUUGACCAAAAAGCAAACAUUGGAAUUCGCUUUGACCACAAUACGUCCAAAAAAACUUUUUUUCACCUUCUACCAACGGAAAAAUCCGUGAGAAAUUUCUUAUAUUGACGUUUCUCAUUUGCAGAAGCGACGUAUCGAAGCAGAACAGCUGCAGCAGAAGCAGGCGGAUGAGGAGGCCUUCCAGCAGACCAUCGUACCGAUUUUCAACCGUUUGACAAGACUCGUCACAGAAGCCGAUGAGCUUCUGCGCGACUCCGACGCGGUUCCUGGACAGUAUGAACCAACGGCCAGAGAGUUGAAUUCUGAGGUGGAACUCGCGCGUAAAGUCAUCAACGACGCCGGAGUAGCUGCAGGACCACAAGUUGAGGCUAUUGAAUCGUUGGAGACGACUAUUCAGGCCGCACAACAACUCGCAAACGGCCUCGAAGAAAGAGCCCAAGCUUGGCGAGAAUUUGUCGUUGUUCGUGAUGAAACCGAUGCGACCCUCGGUAAACUUCGGACGCCACUUGAGCGCGUUCUGGAGAAACCAAAGAGAUCGGCGUCUGAAGCGAGCGAUGACAUGAAGGAAAUUCGCGAUGCAAGCCACGACAUUCAGAUUCUCAACGCAAACGUUGCCAACUUGCAACGACUUUCAGAAGCGCUCAACCCGCUGGAAAGUGCCUACGCCGAAGUUCGAUUUGCCGACGUUGAUACUGAACAAACUCAGAAGCAAUACGACGAGCUGCUCAAUGAAUUGGCUACAGAGCUGGAAGAUGAUCGCGUUCUUGGCGAAUCCGCUGAGCUUAUUGCUAAAGAAAUCGAAGAGAUCCGAGCAGUGCUCGACCAGAAAACUCCCGACGACAAGACCGUCCUCGAGGGAAUCUCACAACAUCAAAUUCCUGCACUGAAAGCUCAAAUCAACCUUUUUGCAAGAUCGCAACGUCGAAGCUGUAGCAACCAGAAAGCACGUGGCUCCCGAAAUCGAACGCAUCAACGAGCUCUCUGAAGACAUCAGACAACUCGAGGAAGCUGUUGAGGAAUCUAAAAAUUGCGGCUGAAAUGGCCGAGAAAGAACAACUCGUGCUGGUGUUGACGGUCAGGCUUUCUCAACUGGAAGGUACACCUCUCGAAGAAGUUGACCCUCAAGAGCUGAUCGACCUGAGCCAUAAACUCGAUUUGCUGACGCCUGACCAAGCAUCCGCAGUCCAAGCCAAGAUCCAGAGCCUUCAAGAGGCCAAACAGCUGCACGAGGACACGAAAAAAGCUCUGCACGGAGACGUUCUGGCUCUUGAGAAGGAUGUCGACAGUUUCCUCGUUUCAGAGCCAGCGGUUGCCAAGUCGAAGAAGGGCAAGAAAAGGCAAGAAGGAGCCAACUGCAUUGACCGUUGAAGACGUCGAACAAAAAAACUCGCCGACGCCAAUCUGCUCGUUUCAAGAAUCGAAGAAUUGGCGAGCAACCCACAGCUCAGCUCGGAAGACAAACUCAAAGUCGAAGAUUUCCGUCAACGGGUCAACAGUUCCGCCGAUGACAAGCGAAACGUCCUCGCCUCGAUGCUAGACGACUUACAAAAGCACGCGAAGGCCAGUGAAACGAUGAAGCGGCUUUCUGAAGCGCUGGAAAGAACUGAAACUGCGCUGGAGACCAUCCCACAGACGACUGUCGCAAUCACCGAUUUCAAGGAAGCGAUGCUGCCGCAUUUGACAAGCCUCCUGGAAGAGGUUUCCGUUGUGCCACAAGACCUUGAACCAACCGCCAACGAACUUCGAACGCGAGUAGCUACCUUGGAAGGAGCUGUCAACAGCAAACUCGAUGACGCCGUCGCAGAGCAGCAGCGCCUUGACCAACUCAACAGGUCGCUGGAUGAACUGAGCUCCAUCUUGGACUCAGUUGUUCCCAAAUACGAGAAUCCGCAAAAAGCUGGAAGUGGCUAG